AUGGAUGUGCUUGACACGGACUGUCUGACUGCUAUGAGGAAUAGAGAAGAGAUCUUAGAACGCUGUGUUCGACUUUUGAGGAAAUCAGUUGGUCCUGAUUAUAUCUACAGUCCUAGAGAAGCACGACUGCAAAAACAGAAUCGUCUGAAAAAUAAAACAGCUGCAAGACGAGAGUUUCUUAAUUCUGGCAUUAAGCAAGAAGACACAACCAGCCAGUACAUUCAAACUGAGAAAGAAGACUGGAAUAUUGACAGUAAAAAUGUUGCUUGGGAUCCCAGCAUUACCAGCAAUGGAAAAACGACCUCCAGUCCCGAGUAUGUUCCGAAUAAUCCACAGUUUGUUCCAGAUACUGAUCCAUUACCUAGCAUUGUUGAAACAAACACGUUACCAGUGCAAGCUUCCAAGCCAUCUACUUCUCGUUCUGCAUCCAUUGAUUGGAAUUCAGGAGUCUUUGAAACGUCCUAUGGUACUCCAUACCCAUCUUUGAAAAGAGAGCCCAAAACAUCUUAUAGCAGUAAUUUGCGAUUAGAAGCGUGCACCUGCAAAUUUUGCAGUCCUCUGCAAGAAGUAUCACAUGUUCCAAGACCGGCGGAGAACCCCUGGACUUCUGGUUUCAUGGGCUACAGAGAAAAAUACCCUACUUUAAUUCGAGGAAAUUCGGAAUUGGAUAAUAAUAUAAAUUCUCAGAGUCAUAAUUGGGAAGAUAUUCAGAAGCCACUAUCAUCCUAUCAUUUUUCUUCUUCACCAUUCAAUAGAACAGAUUUUACUUCUUACGGUACCAUUCACCCCAACGGCCAACUGGAAUACCCAUAUGUACCGAGUCCGUGCAUAUACUGGAAUCCACCUUCUGUGGAACGAAACCCAUAUCACUAUCCCAGAAUGGAGCCUUUCUAUAGGGAAAGGGAUUGGGAAUUUAAAGUGCACGGUAUGCCUUUUCAGUGUUCUAUGCCGCCGUCUGAGCUCCCUAGAUACCCUUCAGCAUACGGUAACAGGCCUUUUGUGAACUCAGAAGAGAAUUCGAAAAGAUGGGAUCCAAACUUCUAUCAAAAUAGUGGACCGAAGACGGAUAAUAGAAAUGAAGGCAUUUCUUCCUCUGAAGCUGCCGUGGAUGACAUAGUUAUAGAUAUAAGUUGCGACAGCAAUGAAGCCCAUGGAGCCGUGGAUGGAAAUAACCAGGAAAACCAGCUGAAAGCAAAUAUAGAGAACGAUAACAAUUUUCAACCAGUUGAAAAUAGAGAGGACACUUUUCAACAAGUACAUGAAACCGAUGUAUAAUGCCCUUACUCAUGCACUUGUUGAUGACCUAUUACGAGUAUAAGACCGAUAUGAUGAGAAGUAUUUCAUCUUGUUUAUUUAAUUUAUAUUUUAUUAUUAUUAUUCCAAUUAUAUUCUUUUUUUUUCCCUUUUUGCUUAUCUAUUAAAACUUGUUGAUGAUGUAGUCGUAUUAUAUGUAUGAAAUCUUUAAUAUGCUUAAAUAAACUUUUCAA